CGGCGACAUUGUGUUGUGCAGUCGUCGUUGCGGGUACACACAUCAGCAGCACCAAGCCGCACAAUUUUUCUAGAGAGAAAGAGCAGAGCUAGAUUAGAACGAAUUGUUAUAACAAAAGGAAAUAAGAACAAAUAUUUAAGUAAAAACAACUCGCAAUCGCAAGCUAGUGUAGAUCCAGAAAAGGGAUAUCCCUGCCGAAAGUGCCCAACGUUAAAUCAUUCGCGAUUCAUCCCUUAACGAAAACGAACGAAGAACGAAGAACGAACAAAUAUCUUAUACUUUACUUGACCAGCGGUUUUCCAAUCGGUAUUUGUUGUUGUAAAAAGUGUCUCUAUAGAUAUAAGAGAGGAGUGUGACAAGAAGUUAGAGUGUGGUACGAAACAAAUAUCGACUAUCGACUAUCAACUAUCGACGACGUUAAACAAUAACAAAUUGCCCUAUAAAAACGGGACGUCAACGAAAAACGAAAAACCAAAAACGACAACGACGACGACCGUUGCAGAGUCGCGUCAUGGCCAGGCUGGCCCCCCAACAGGGUGGUUGUAGUGCAACUAACCUCUCCGACUUGCGUUAAGUAUUUUUCUUUCCAUCAUUUUUGUUGUUGGUUUCUUUUAUGCUCCACAAUUCCGUUAUUUUGUUGUUGUGUGUGGAGUAUUAUAGUGUGUGGAGCACAACUCUGAACGAACAUUCGAUACCAUUCAGUGUUAAGAUUUUCGCGAACAAAAAAGGAUUUCUCAUGACCGAGCGAGCCAUUUAUAACGGAUAAAGUAAUAAUCUCAAGGAUUAUAUUUAUAACAUUUAUGAAUAAAACAAAAUAAAUAAGGAUACAGUGAUUCAUAAAAGUGAACAAAAAAAAAACAUAACUUACGAAACAAAAAAGUAUUUUUUGAAGAAAAAAUAUUUAAAAAAAAAAGGUCCUUGGAAAGGAUAUAUUUAUUCAGUAUUGUUCAGUGUAUAUGUAUACCUACAAGUUCAUAGAAGUUCUUACAUACUAAGUUUCGAAGAAACAAGUGGUUGAUGAAAAUUUAAGUGAAACAAAGUGUUUUAUGUUAAAGUUAUAAAAUCUGCGAAAACUAGUUAAACAUUAAAAAUAAAUCCUUGUGAAAGGUUAAGAAAAUUUUAAAUUUUAAAUUUAAAAAUAGAAAUAUAAAAUCCUUUUCUGUUUGAAAACUGAAAAAAAACAUAGGUACCUACCUACUAUAAGGUACAUUAUAUUUCCGGUAACCGAAAUCAAUAUACAAAAACAGGUGGAUUUGUAUCGUGUAUCGCGAGUGUGUGUCCUUUGAUCCUUUUCCUUGUUACAUUCUUUAUUUAUAUACUUUUUGGAAUUGUGUCCAUUUAGAUAGUAAUUUUUGUUAUCUUUGAUUUGUUUUUCUUUAAAUUUUUAAAUUACGAAAUUUGGAUUUCGAUUUUCGGUUAUUUUAAUAUCGUCCUUUUCACCAUAACCAUUUUUAAUAAGUUUUUCGGGAAAUACAAAGAUAGUUAGGAGAAAAAUAUAAAAAUCCGUAGAGUUAUACAGACUCCCUUAUAUACCAACAUGUUAAGUUCCUUCGUCAUUCGCAUUGAAAAACACUUUCGGUGUAAUUGAGUUCAUAAAGAGAAAUAAAGAUUGAAAGGACUUCAUCAAAAGCAAACUCGAAGGACGCUCCAUUUGCAUAGACUUCACCGUUCUGCCGAAUUGACUACCUUAACCAAAUUCCUACCAAAAUAUCAACCAAUUCCUAAAUCAAACCAUAAGUGAUCAAAUGAAGAUGAUAAUCAAGAUCCUUAUAUGCGUGAGUGUCCUAAUUGGCAGUGCUCUAUCCCUCCAUCUGAGCAAUGAUCGCUCUGCUGAAAGCAGUAGCGGCGGAAGUGUAUUAGUUCCACCGAUAAGCGUUAGUGGAACGCUCCAGCACCAUGUCAACAACCCAUAUCGACGAAUGGCGGCGGCAGCGGAGUCAGAACGAGAGCGAAUGCUCUUCAUGGGUGGAGGACGAAGGGGGCGCCCAAUAGUCACAGGACGCUUGCAUAUGACAGUCGAUGAUACUGAUGGGGAGGUUCCGAAUUAUCCGGCUUCGUCGCUGACGAUGUUGCAGGACAAUGAAUUCCCUAUUCGACGUGAACCGUAUUUCCUUGUCGGAGACGAUGAUGACGGUCGCGAUGGAGGUGAUGGUGGCGGUGGAGGAUUCCAGGACUUCCAAAAACCCCAAUCCGACCAUUAUCAUCGCUAUGACGAUGGUAGCUAUGAAAUUAUGGAGGACAUCUUCAAUCGCGGGGAAGGCAUGUACCGGAAAUACCCACCAAUCCAUCAUCAGCAGCCUUCAUCCGGACCACAUUUUCAUGCUCAACCACCUUCAAGAGGACUCCAAGAACUUUUCGAUAACCACGAUGUCGUUGAUGAGCUCGAUGGCCCAAACCGUCGCUCUGGUAGUCUCGACGUUAGAAUACAAAAGAAAAUGCAACGGAAAAGAACCCAACAUAAGCAGAACCUGGAAAAUCAACCAUCAACACUGCAAGGCUCAAAAGCUGUCGACUCUUCCUCCUCCUCCUCAUCUGUCGCAGCAAUUGUCAACAACAACGGCGGCGCCCCUCCAUCAUUGGCAAAUCCACAGGAACAAAAACAUCAAAAAAUAAACCAGCAACAGCAGCAACAGUUAUUACACCGCACCACUAACAGCAAGCGUUCAGGGAUAAACAGCGGUAUUGGAGCUCCACCACCCGUUACCCAUAGCAUAGCCAGCCAGUUGAUGUUACGUACGGCGAGAGGACAACGACAGUACGAUGUGCCGCAAAUUGAAUGCCCAUCAGCGAUUGAUGGUAUGGAACGAUUUGCAUGUCCAACACCGGACCUGCAAGGACGAUACCGUUGCAUAGACGAUCAUGUGUUAUGUGACGGCUUCAUUGAUUGCCCGGAGGGUGAGGAUGAGAACAGAAGUUCGUGCAUGUUCUAUAAAACGCUUAACAUAAUGGCCAUAUCCUUGAACGAGUAUGAGAGUUUAAACAGUAAGAAAAAGACACCGUAA